UCUUCCACGACACUUCGCGGUGCAUGGAUCAGGAGAGAAUUACAUCUGAGAUGGCUAAAUGUCUCGGAUGGUACACAGUAAGUUCAGUUUAUGGAGAGACCAUUAACCUGCCUUGUCGCCUGGAUGUACCUCAGAAUCUCAUGUUUGGCAAGUGGAAAUAUGAAAAGCCCGAUGGCUCCCCAGUAUUCAUUGCCUUCAGGUCAUCGACCAAGAAGAGCGUGCAGUACGACGACGUUCCGGAAUACAGAGACAGAUUGAGCCUCUCCGAGAACUACACUUUGUCCAUCAGCCAUGCAAGGAUCAGUGACGAAAAGAGAUUUGUGUGCAUGCUAGUGACCGAGGACAACGUGUUUGAGGCCCCUGCAGUAGUCAGGGUCUUCAAGCAGCCCUCUAAACCUGAAAUUGUAAGCAAAGCACCAUUUCUGGAAACAGAACAGCUAAAACAGUUGGGCAAUUGCAUUUCAGAAGACAGUUAUCCAUUUGGCAACAUCACCUGGUACCGGAAUGGACAAGUGCUACAAAACACGGAUGGAGUGAACAUAACUUUCAAUAAGCAAAUGGACCCAGUCACCCAGCUCUAUACCAUGGCAUCGUCUCUGGAGUACACGGCAACCAAGGCUGAUAUACAAACGCCCUUCGCCUGUUCUGUCACCUAUGAGGGGCCGUCUGGCCAGGACACCGUCUAUUCUGAACAAGAAGUCUUUGAUAUUUAUUAUCCCACAGAGCAGGUGACAAUACAAGUGCUGCCACAAAAACAUGCCAUCAAAGAAGGGGACAACAUCACUCUUAAAUGCUUGGGAAAUGGUAACCCACCUCCCGAGGAGUUUCUAUUUUACUUACCAGGCCAACCAGAAGGAGUAAGAAGCUCAAAUGCUUACACAAUGGCAGAUGUGAGACGUAAUGCGACAGGAGACUACAAAUGCUCCCUGAUAGACAAAAAAAGCAUGAUUGCUUCAACAGGCAUCACAGUUCACUAUUUGGACUUGUCCUUAAAUCCAAGUGGGGAAGUAACUAAGCAGAUCGGUGAUGCCCUGCCCGUAUCAUGCACGGUCUCUGCUAGUAGGAAUGCGACUGUGGUGUGGAUGAAAGACAGCGCCAGGCUCCGGUCCAGCCCCUUGUUCUCUAGUCUGCGGUAUCAGGAUGCCGGCAACUAUGUCUGCGAGAGUGCUCUGCAAGAGGUUGGCGGGCUAAAGAAAAGAGCAUCGCUGACUCUGGUUGUAGAAGGGAAACCUCAAAUCAAAAUGACAAAGAAAACCGAUCCCAGUGGACUGUCUAAAACCAUAACCUGCCAUGUGGAAGGUUUUCCAAAGCCAGCUAUACAGUGGACAAUUACUGGCAGUGGAAGCGUCAUAAACCAAACGGAGGAAUCUCCUUAUGUCAAUGGCAGGUAUUCUAGUAAAAUUAUCAUUUCCCCCGAGGAGAAUGUCACACUAACUUGCACAGCAGAAAACCAGCUGGAGAAAACAGUAAACUCCCUGAAUGUCUCUGCCAUAAGUAUUCAAGAACACGAUGAACCAGACGAUCUAAGUGAUGAAAACAGAGAGAAGGUGAAUGACCAGGCAAAGCUCAUUGUGGGAAUCGUCGUUGGGCUCCUCCUCGCUGCCCUUGUUGCUGGCGUCGUCUACUGGUUGUACAUGAAGAAAUCCAAGAGUGCAUCGAAACACGUGAACAAGGACCUCGGCAACCUGGAGGAAAACAAGAAGCUGGAAGAAAACAGUCACAAAACGGAAGCCUAAGAGAGACGUUAUUACAGUCGUCCAGAGGGAAAAAACAAACCAUAUAGAGAAUUGAAGCAUGAACGUGGAUUGUAUUUAAGACACAUACAAAGACACUGGCAGCAAUUCAUGGUUCAACUAUUGAGCAGUUCAUUCUACCAAGCUGUCACAGGAAUUUAGAGAAUGAUCUCAAGUAAAACAAUGAAGUGAAAUGACAAUAAUGACAAAUUUUGGCAGCCAUGAAAAUAGGUCAUGUUGUGUUAGGUUGUUUUUGGUUGUUUGUUUUUUCUGUAAAUGUCUGCACUGAGGAUUUCUUUUGGUUUGCCUUUUAUGUAAAUUUUUUACGUAGCUAUUUUUAUACACUGUAAGCUUUGUUCUGGGAGUCGCUGUGGAUCUGAUGUAUAAUGGAAUGUUUUUAUUUCAAUUGUUUCUAUGAAGAAUCUGAGCAGGUACAUUUCUGAUUCUGAUUGCUAUCAGCAAUGCCCCAAACUUUAAUACAAGCACCUCAAACCCAAAGGUGGCAGCUUGUGAGGAUUGGGGGCGUCCACAUUGUGCGUGUCAGAGCUCUGAUGUCUAUCACAAAGCAGGGGGAGGCAGAGAGUCAGAUUAAAAAGCACCAUACGAGUCUAUUCUGUGUCCAUGCCACCAGCUGACUUUCAGAAGUCAAAUCACACAGGCAUAUAGACAUACGUACAGAACAGUGUAACUCCCAAGCUGACACUUUGCCUAUUCUGGGGAGAACAAACAAAUAAACAAACAAACAAUCCAGACAUUGGGUAGUCCUUACCUUUAGAGACGACACUACUGGUAAAUGUUUCUCAGUCAAAGGAGAAAGCAAACAACAUGUGAACGAACGACAGUUUGAGAAAAUCAUGGAUAAUAUUCCCACUUUCAUGAAUCACAGUGUCAACCGCUGUCAUUUAAAAUUGUUUUUAAAUCCUUUGGGUUAGCCACUGCCUUAAAAUUAUUCCUAGUUUCUUUUUAAAAAGAUAUCAGUCAGAAUUGGAGAUUUUUAACAGUGGUCAUUGUCAAAGCUGUGUUAUUUUCCACAGAAUAUAGAAUAUCUAUUUUUUUCCGUGCGUGUUUUUGUUAACUACGCUACAGAUAUUGAAUGCACCUGGAGAUAAUUUAGUGUUUUUAACUGGUACAUAAUUUAUCAAACAGUACAUGAAUGUGUCAUAAGGAAGUGUCUAUGUAUCUUUAGUUACAUUCAGAUUUGUAACUUUAUAAACAUGUUUUUUGCUUGAGGAACUUUUUAAAGUGGUAGUGAAAAUGGAAAGUUUUUAAAGUUGACUGGAUAUGGGACAAGAAUUCCUUGUGAUUAGACUUUUAAACUUUGCUCUUUCAAGCAGAGGUUUGUUUCUGGGAGAACACUGCACAGCCAGACUUGUCCCAGGACUUGCAUAGCUUUAUAGAGGGGAAAGUGAACGUCAGAUUUCCGGCUAUAGAACUGUGUUCUCUGAGAGGGAAAAGGAAAACUGGUGUUUGCUUUUUAGACCGAUGAACUAGGAAAAUAAGAAGGCAAUGAAAAUGGAAUGAAGAUUAAAAUCAGAGGGUGGAUAGGAAUUGUAUUUCACUACUUCUGCAUUAUUCAGAAACACAUGUUAUUGUACAUUUGUAAACCAUUUACUGUCUGGGCAGUAGUAACUGAGUUUAAUAAAAGCUUCCUGUAGUACAUUGGUAUGGAUUAAAUAUAUGAAAUAUUCUAUUAGACUCGAUGCUGUAUAAGAUAUUAUGGGGGAAAUGAAAAUAUGUUAUUUUGCCUCUAAACUUUGAUUUAUUGAUGUUUCAUUUGGCAGGGAAAAAUUGAAUCUUGGUCAACAUUUAAACCAAAGUAAAGGGGGAAAAACCAAAGUUAAUUGUUUUGCAUGGCAAAGCCAUUCUGUUAUCUCUGUAAAUACUGUGAUUUCUCUCUUUUUUUCUUCAUUUUUUUUUUCUUUAGAAUUUUGUUAAAGAAAAUCUAAAAUUUAGAAACACCUACUCUCCACAGUAAACCCUGAGCACUACAAUGAAAUCACUUCCACAUAAAUUGUUUUUCCUUUUUUGUUUGGUAUGGGAGAUCAAAGCUUCAAAGUCUAACUUCUAAGAUAUAUUUUCAGAAAGAAGCAACGUGACAAGGGAGAGAGUUAUGCUACAAUUAUUUCUUGGCUUCUAACUCCAAAUACAGCAGUCAGAACCCAGCGUUCAGAACGGCAGAGGCGGAGAGCCGUGGACGAAAAGCAGGAGGUUGGCUGAGGAAACGGGCAGCAUUAUUACUAUGGAAUUGAUGCCUGGUUCAAGGGCAAGGCGCCUUUGCCGUAUGCACAGCAGUGUGGGGAAGAAGAUAACUCACGCUCCUCAACUCUCGAGGUUUCCUCUUGCCAAUUUCACUCUCUGACAAAAAGAAACAGGCUUUGCCACUUCAAGUUUCACUCCGUAUCUGUGAUUACAGGAAUUGUAUGUGGAAAUGGAUUAACAUACCCACCUAUGCCUAAAAGAUAAUAAAACUGAAACAUCUCUUCACGUA